AUGGAGCUCACCAUGGAGAACCUUCACAGCAUCUCCUCGCACUCCCAUGCGGGAGACCUCAUGAGCUCACCGCACGCUCGACCGUCACCGUCCCCGAGCAACGCUCCCCGGAACCUGGUCUCACACGGUCCCGGCGCGCGGUCAGCCAUGGUGUCCGGCAUGGCCUCGCUCCUGGAGGGCUCGGGCGGGGAUUACCGGACAGACCCGUCAUCGUUGUCCGGACACCUGCACCCGUCCAUCAGCAUGUGCGAAUCCGGGAUGAGCCUCAGUAACACGUACACCACCCUCACCCCCCUGCAGCAUCUACCUCCCAUAUCCACCGUCUCCGAUAAGUUUCACCACCCGCAUUCACACCACCACGCUGCCGCCCAUCAGCGACUCUCUGCCGGGAACGUAAGCGGAAGUUUCACGCUGAUGCGGGACGACCACCGGGGGCUCACCUCCAUGGGAAAUCUGUACAGCCACUACCCCAAAGAGAUGUCCGUCUCCGGUAUGGGUCACGGCUCGCUCUCCCCUCUGUCCAGCGGGCUGGGCUCUUUGCACAACUCCCAGCAGCCUCUGUCAGCCUAUGGGCCGAGCGCGCACCUCUCCAACGACGCCAAGAUGCUCUCUCCGGUGUCCGGGUUUGAGUCCCAUGCCUCCAUGCUGUCCCGGAGUGACCAGGAGCACCUGGCGAGGAGUUUAGGAGGCCACGGCCAUGGUAUGAUCUCCAACCUCAACGGCAUGCACCACCAUCCGCACAGUCACCUGCACUCCCAGGCGAAUGGCGCGGUGAUGCUGGGGGACCGGGAGAGGCACAGCCACGGAGCCGGACAGGGAGUAUCAGGAUCCGGCAUGCAGGGGGAGGAAAUUAACACAAAGGAAGUGGCUCAGCGGAUAACGGCAGAGUUAAAGCGAUACUCCAUACCGCAGGCCAUAUUCGCGCAGAGAAUCUUGAGCCGGUCGCAGGGAACCCUCUCAGACCUGCUACGAAACCCCAAACCCUGGGGCAAGCUCAAGUCAGGCCGGGAGACCUUCAGGAGGAUGUGGAAGUGGCUGCAGGAGCCUGAGUUUCAACGGAUGUCUGCUCUCCGGCUGGCCGCAUGUAAACGUAAGGAGGAGGACCGAGGACGAGAGCGCAACCAGGUGCCAAAGAAGCAGCGACUGGUCUUCACAGACCUGCAGCGUCGCACCUUGGUAGCCAUCUUCAGAGAGAACCGCCGCCCCUCCAAAGAGAUGCAGAUCACCAUCUCCCAGCAGCUCGGCCUGGAGCUUACCACGGUCUCCAACUUCUUCAUGAAUGCCCGUCGCCGCUCCACGGACCGCUGGGACACGGAGGAGCUUGGUCACGGGGUGCGCGGCCACGUACACACUCCUCACGGAAACAACAACAACAACAACAACUCCUCACCGAUCCAACCCGGCACUUCCUCUGCAGGGACUUUCUCCAAGGCCUGACAUUGGAGCGACGUGUGGCUGGACAGAUGCAUGGAUGAUGGAGGGGGGAAUGUUUUUAAGUACUCUAAUCCUGCAGAGCUACAGGGUGUGUAGUUUAAUACCACUCAUCUGAUUCAUCUGCUCACAGUGCUGAUGACUUGUGCCGAUGAAUCAGAAUCGUUCUAAGUGUUUAAUUGAUAAUCUGAAUGUUACUCUAAAGGGUUAACAUGCAUUUUUUAAUUGUGGCUCUUCAAACCAAAGAUCCAGUAGCUUUAAAAGAGUAGACCACAUGUGGCUCUGUAAAUCCACCUGAACACCGAAGAAAAUCCAUCUACACUUAAACCACCGUGUGGUAUAGCUAAAGCUUGCUUAAGAAAACUCCGCUGGUUGUCAAGAUGUAAACACACCAAAUAAUCACUCAUUACAGAUAGCUUUAAGACAGACACACGUUGAGUUUAACAAAUCAGACAGAGGAGGUGUCUGCUGAGCCACUCAUCACUCGUGAUGAACCACUCCUCAUUUCAGUAGCAGAGACUGCGGCUGAUUGAGAGGUGUGUUUGUGUGUCAAUUGUCUGUGAAAUGCUCUCUACAGGUCCUUUGACCCGCUAACCACACACCACCUCUGCAUCACUGCAGGCGUGCGUGUGCAUGUGCGUAAUGUUCACAUGCUGGGUCGCUCCUGGGGUUUAAUUCCUCUGCAGUGAUUCAACCUGCUGCACCUCAGUGUAGCAGUGCCCCCUGCUGUCCAAUAAACCAACAUCUAAACAUCCAGCAACAUAGAGUAGCCUGCAAUGUAGAUUUAUUUUAGGAUAAAGACACCCUAUACAAGCAGAAGUGUAGCCCUGCAAACACCCAACAAACUGAGACAAAAUGAAGAUUACUCGCAAACCCUUUGAUACACAUUUGAAUGUUUGUUUCUUAAGACUCGUAAAGGCGACUGGCUGUGUGGCCACGUGAGAGGUUAUUUUCAGGUUACAAAAGGAGAACAAUCAAACAGGGAGGACACUCCCAGCGUUUAAAAAAAGUAUUAUGCCCAAAGGUAGGGAGUGAGGGAGGGUCUGCUCUGUUCUAGUGGCCAAACGCAGAGGUCAAAUGUCACAAUAUAGGAUCCUGAGUGCCAAUGAUGUUUGCCUCUUUAUGAUAAUCAGAGAACAGGUGCAGGCCGCCCGUGUCAGGCCUGUGUUGUUACAACCGUCAAACUGCGAGCACCACACGGGCAUGCUGCCUAUUCCAUACCUCAGAAACACAUUGAUGUGAUCAACAUGAAACACUCUGAAAAUGACUGUAAAUAGUAUUUAAUUUAAUCUCUCUUUUUCUCUCUGUCUCUCUAUCUAUCUAUUCUCUAUUUAUCUACUCUCUUGCUAUUCCCCCUGUUGUGUCCUUUCUAUUAUUUCUCCUUUCCUUAACUAUUGAUGCGGGUAAUAAUAGUACCAUAGACACAUAGUUUCUCUCUCAUGACUAUUGUGCUAUGUUGUGCUGAAUAUGUAAAGAAGCACCUUGUUGACAAAAUGAAAAAAACUUUAAAGAUGAAAAAAAAGAAGAAUCAACUGACUGAUCCUAUGCACAGGCGGAGAAGGAUUACCACAAAUGACAAACUGUGCAUAUUUGUGAAUUUAUGUGAUGGAAGGACCUGAUCUCUGAAGCCCUUCGACUGUCACUGAUUUCCUCUGCUGAUGGAUGUUUUUUGGUUACCAUGAGAACCACCUCAUUACUUUGUGUCUUUUUUAAUUUUAUUUUUGUGGGCACAGCAACUUGUUUUGUAGCAUCUUCUAGCGGGAGAUAAUCAUAUUAGAGAGGAGAUGCAAACAGGAGGAGGAAGUGUGUAGCAGGAGCAUCAGAGGCCCGCCAUCAUCAGACUGGAAGGAAACCUUUUACUGACUUUCCUCCACAGUUUGGGUUCUGCCGUGCACUAUAACAGAUUCCUUGGCGGAGGUGUCACUUUAAAGACAUCCUCUAGAGUCCAGAUGGAAAAACUGUAGCUUUCAAGUGCAGAUAUUCGAAGCUUAGACCCAAAGCAGAGCGUUAGUGAUGGAAACAGU